UUGACUUCCACGCGCAAUCGUGGGGGGCAACUGCUUCUGCUGCAACCGCCGGCAAACAGCGCCAGACAACCGCACAACAGCGCCGAGUGACGUCGCUGCAAGCGGCGGAGGCCGGCCUGUUUGACUUUACUAACCACACCACAUAUACAGCAGUUGGCCAUCCGCGGGUCAGCUGGUUUUCAGCCAGCGCUCGGCUUCUUCGCCGCCCCAUUUCCCGCGCAAUCAGAUCGUCGACGCGACGCCGCCGACGCCUUCAACUCCGGUAAAAGGAAGCGAGCGCAGAACCUCCUACACCACAGUGCAAUGGCCGCGAACUCGGCGGUGGCGUUAUCCCAAUCAACACCCGUCAAGCAGCCCGCUACACCCGGGCUGACUGCUACGGAGAGCCCUGGCAUCUGGACACACCCCAGACUGGCCGAGAUCACGCAGCGGCAAAGGCAGAGCACCUUUUCGGAGGAAAACAUCAGGCGAAUCGUCUACAGUGUUGUGGCUAUUGCCAGUGUUGCUGUGCUACGACAACUGGUGCUGCCCUGGAUCCCUCCCUCCCUGACCAAUCCGGUCUUGAAGCAAUACAGCAGCUGGAUAUACGCCGGUCUGUUCCUGCUCCCAUCAAUCAACAUCAUCUUGGCGCUGCUGCCGCUAGUCCGGCCCAAGGACGACAUGUCGGACAUCCCGCUCACACCAGCCCAGCGGAAGCUGCUGGGCCUGCCGCCAAGCUCGCAGCCGGCAAGCCCCAACUCGGUGUACAGCACGCCGCCGCGGUACUCGAGAACCCCGUCACACGCCGGGACCCCCGCCAGCAUCAAGAGCUACGCCAGCUCGCCGCUGUCCACCGUCGCCAGCCAGGGUUCCGCGCAGUACUCGUCGCCCAGGGCGGGCAGCUCGCCGUCCAAGCUGAACGGCGCCUCGCCCUACUCGCCGUCGGCGGUCAGUCCGCUCCUCCACAAAGCCGUCGGGGGAGGGCUCGGCGGGGCGAGGCCUGCGUCGUUCGGCUCGCCCAGCAGCCCGCUCGGCGCGAGCACCGCCUCGAGCGUGUUCGGGGACGGCCCCGCCACGCCGACGCCCGCGCCGGGCAAGCGGUCGAGCGUGGGCCUCAACAGCAAGUGGUUGUACGAAAGGGGCAGGAGGAGCUCGGGGAACAGUUGGAUGCACUAGGAUCUGUCACGACGACGGUUGGUCGUGUUGUACAUAGGUCGGGCAUUUUCUGCUCUCGAGACCGGCCUAAGGAGUCGGUAGUAAUAAUGAGAGGUGAGCUACCGACCACUACCUCGCUUUCACG